AUGAAAGACAUGCAACAAGCAAUACAAUCGCAAUCAAACAAUGACGAUUGCAUUCAGCUUCUGCAAGAUAUUCAAAGCCUUUAUGCUUACGAUUUAAGUCAAACCAUUUCAAGCUUUGACUUAACUCGUUAUUUAGUUUUAAAUUCUCAAAUAAACCAAGUUGGAGAAAGCUUAAAAAAACUCAGGCUUUUUAUCAACAACGAUGCUGGCUUUGCAGGAAAGCAACAUGAGGCUGUGCGCCUCACUGAAAAUAUCCAAAAGCCUAUACACCACUUAAAGCGUGAAUUAGCAGUUAGAAAAGAAAACUUGGAAAAAUUAAAAAAGAUCAAGCAAAGCUUGUUCGCUAAAAAAGAUUAA